AUGGAGGUUCCCAACGUCAACUCGUUCCUCCCCGGGGGGGAGUGGUCUUGGCUGGCCGUGGGCCAGAUCGUCAUCGGCGGUCUGGGCUCGGCGGUGGCGGCAGACGCCCUUCGUUGGGCGUGCCGCGGAGGGGCCCGCUGGGCCCAGCAGAAGUGGGCGGCGCUUCGGCGUCGGGAAACUGACGUCGAGCGUGACGCGUAG